CCAAGCGAGUUGGGGACAGUGUGGUCCCCAAGCACACGGGAAGGCGUCACGCAGGAGGGCGGAAGUGGGAUGAUGCAGGAGAGCAGAGUCUUGGAAACCUAUAUAUUGAGGAGAUGGCUGUCCUUGCGCCACACACUCACUUGCAGUCAUCAGGCACUUGUUGCGGUGUCCCACAAAAUCUGAAGAUCAUGAAGACUACAGCAAGAGUGAAAUGCUCCCUCACAUUGAUGGCCGUGGUGCUGCUGGUAGGCGUGUUCCUCACGGAUACUGCCGAAGCUCAAGGACGCGGGAGGGGGCGAGGCAGAGGCCGAGGAAGAGGUCGAACAAAGACCAUAAGUGACAAACUUGAACGAUGUGUGUGUGGCGAGGUUGACGGUGAUUCUGCCUGCAGCACGUGCUUUGAUGAAACGCGCACAGAUCCAGAUAAUGCCUCUCUUGCCUCCAUCAGUGAUUGUCUCGAGGGUGAAGGGAUUAGUUUCAACAUGACAGCACAGUGCCAAAAAUCCUCACGCUCGCGACGCCCUCAGGAAUGAUAUCGUUGCCAAGACCAAAAAACAAAAACGGCUUCUGCUGUUGCUGCUGUUCUGGCGGCGUCACCAACACAACAGCAACAGAUAUAUGAAGAAACUUCUAGCAAACGGAAAAAGGAUACAAGUCACUUUUUUUCUCCUUCGUCACCAUUUUCUAUUACACUACCCGACUUCCACCACCAGACCCUACCGCACCACAUUCUUCAAUGCGGUCUACAAUAAUUAUGUCUGCAUGUCUGCCUGUCUCGCACCGUUCCUUUCAAUAAAGCCUCACACGUU